UAUGUGAAAACGCCCUCUGCAAUACCACCGAUUUGGAACGUGGCUUAACAGUUACUUUGAAGACCGAACAUCGUUUGUCGUUUAAUAAUAGUGCAUGAUUAUUAAACUUUAUUUGAACUCAUGUCAAAGAAGGACGUGGCAGAAGAAAAACACCGGCAAUUAGCUUCGUUCAUGAGAAGAGUGCUGGAUGAUUUUUGCAAAAUUAGAGGAAGAGAAAAGAAAUAUUUUCAUGUACCUUUCUGGGACGUUGUAGCCAUUACAACUGCUGAUGAAGAACAGAAGAGAGCAUUUGAAGAACAAAUUAAAAGAAAGUGUUCCAGUCAUGACCUUCCAUUAGGCAUACCGUUCCAUGUAUUUGCAGAUCCGCCAGGACUAAAAAUUGGAUGUGGAAACUCAACAUUUCUUGCACUUGUUGAACUGCUGGACAUAUAUGGAGACAGACUCUACACUCUGAGAAUUUUGUUGAUUCAUGCUGGUGGACUUAGUCAACGACUUCCUAGUUUAUCCAUCUUAGGCAAACUAUUUUCUCCCAUUCCAACAGGCCAUUCCUUGUUUCAGAUGUUGGACCUAAAGCUUGCUAUGUACAUGCCAUUUCUUAGAAAGAUGCAAUCUGGUGUAUUUGUCACAUGCUCUGAUGAUAUCAUUACGUAUAAUCUAGGGGAAGAAUAUGAAAAUGAACCUGCAUGGUCGUUUACAAAGCCCGGAUUCACUGCUCUUGCACACCCAUCAAAUCUUAACAUUGGUACAAAGCACGGAGUCUAUGUCCUGCCUCCUUUGGAAUUCACUUCUAAAACAUGCUUUCUCAGUUCUUGCAGUCUAGUUCUGCAGAAACCCACAGAGGCAGUAAUGAGAGAGAAAGGUGCUGUGGUUACCAUAUCCACUCCAGAGGGUGAUGAAGAUAUUGUAUACAGUGAUAGUGCUUUCUUCUUUUCCACUGAAGUAACAAAGAAAAUGAUAGACUUCUGUAGGGCAAACAAAUCUUUUAGUUGUGAAAUUGAUGCCUAUGGAGAUUUCCUUCAGGCAUUGGGUUCAUGUGCUGUUCCAGAUUACAUUUACAACUCUUCCACUGUAGUUGAUUCAACUGAGGAGCUAGUUACGGCUCGUCAAAGGAUCUUUCAUUUAUUACAAGGUUGUGACUUGAAUAUUGUUGUAUUACAGCAAUCAAAAUUCUAUCAUAUGGGGACAAUGACAGAGUAUGUUGAGAAUCUCUGUGCCAAUUCCAGUUUUGCUAGAGAACUACAGCUUUCAAAAUUUGCUGAUUCUGCUUUUUGUGGUCCUUGUGCUGGAGAACUUAUGAUUAAUGGUACUGUUAUUCAUUCUCUUAUAAACAGGAGUUCUCAAGUAAGUAAAAAUUCAGUUGUAGAAUAUUGUGAUUUCCGAGUACCAACAUAUGUUUCAGAAAACUGUAUCGUGAGUAACUGCAGAACAGAAAGCCUUGUAUCUGGUGAAAGUUUCAUUAAAGUUCCCUCAUGUAUUUUGCUUCAUACAGUGGCAGUUACUAUCAGUGGUCAUCAUGGUUAUGUUACUGUUGCAUUUAAUUUUCAUGAUGAUAUUAAGAAAAAAUAUCCAUGGGAUGACAGAGGUAAAGUAAUAUUUUUAAACAAAAGACUAGAAGACAUCCCAGCUUCACUGUUGGGAGUAAAUAUCUUGAAGGAUUGUUUUGAUUCUAAAGACAAGUUGUGUUCUUUGUGGGAUGGUAAACUGUUUGAAGUUUGUUCUACCAUGGAAGAAUCAUUUGGAGAGACUCUUCAAAUGGUUAAUGCAAUAAUGGGAUGCCUUGAUACCAGUAACACCCUCAAUAUAACAUCGAGAAAAAAUCCCAAGCUGUCCAUGGUUGAAAUUCUAAAAUACAAAAACAUAACUGCAAUGCUAGAUUUUCGUCAGAAAUUACAUGAAGAAAUUUUGAAGUUUGACUCCACAAGUUAGUGGCUUAACCUGAAGUAUUUCUUGCUAACUUUUGAAACAAUAUAAAUUCUUGGUUUUCAUUACAUCAGAUAAAGCAUGUGAGAUAUUUGAGAUUUUGAAUGUUUAAUUCAUCUAUGUUUUAUUAAAUUUUAUUUGUCUGUUUGUAUUUACUAAAUAUAUUAAUGUAAUGUUAAAGUGUUAUAAAUAAACUUUAAUCGUGAAAUUAGUUUUUCGAAGGUCCAAUACAAUUAUAUGAUAAAAGUAAAUAAUCUACAAUAUAGAUUUUAAUUAAUAAAAGUGUAUUCUUCUUGUUAUUUUAAUGUCAGUUUUGUAAAAAUUACAUUAAAUAUACAUAUUAUUAUGUUUCUUAUAGUUUUUGAAAUAAUAUUCAAUUCCAAGUUUUUGCUUGAAGAGUUAUAUUUCUUAAAUGGGGAAAUAAUCACCUGAACUUACUAAACUCUACUAUGAUGAACUGGAAGCCUGUGUUUUACAAAAAUUGUCUUGUUUUUCAAAGAUUCAGUUUGUGUAGGUGUUUUAACAACUAAAGGGAAAAUGAUAAUUAUUUAAUCACUAGAUAUUCCUGUGUUUGAUAUUAAAUUAAUUGUGCUGCCAAAUCCAUAAGCUAUUUGAUUAAAAGAGUACAGGAAACAAUUAAGUUUGUUUGGAAUAUGCCAAAUGAAUUUGAAGAAGAAUCCUGUGCAGUAAAUUUUAAGAACGUGAUUUAAGAAGGUUAAUCUCAGAAUGUUUUGAAAGCUUUGAAAUAUUCUUGGAUAAGAAGCGUUUAUUAAUAAUUACACUUAGAUUUAUUUUAUUUGUUAUGAACUAAUGGAUAUACAAACAUAUAUCUUAAACUGUGGAACAUCCUAUAAAUUAUUGGAGAUAAUUAAUUAAGAAUAUUUUUUGUAUUGAUAUGUUCAAGUCCAUUAUUGACAUGGAGCCUGUAAAGUUUUAUAUUCCAACUCAGAAACUUGUGUAAAAAAAUCAUCAAUUAACCAAAAACUGUUGAGAUGUUGAUGAAAGAUUAUUAAACAAAGCUUUCUUUUCUGAAAUAAUAGUGUUACAAAUGAAAAGUUACAAACAAUACACAGUAAAAUGGCUUUAUGGAUGGUUUAGUAAAAUUAAAAGUUGCAAACAGUACACAGUAAAUGCCUUUAUAGAUGGUUUAAUGUAAUUAAAACUUGCAAACAAUAUAUGGAAAAAUGCCUUAAUGGAUGAUGUUAAAUGGAAAGUACAUCUUUUAUAGACUGUUGGAAACUUAGUUUAUAAAUCUGUUUCAGAGUGUGAUUUUAUUUAUUAUUUCUUUAAAUCCAUUUUAUAUAAUUCCUUGUGAGAAGUAUGAUACAAACAAGCUGCUUUUUUCUCACAAAAAUCUGAAUAUUAUAGAAAAAUGUUAUUAUGACAUUUUUCCCUGCUUUGGCAUUAUGCUUUAUGUCUGAAGCACAAGUAAAUGUAAUAUUGUCAGUAUAAUAUGCUUGAGAUUUAGAAAUUGUACUUUUUAUUAACUAAAUACACAACCACAGGCUCCUGUUUACCACAGUAUUGUGACAUAUUCAGAAUUGUUUUUACUGUUAGUUAAAGUGCAUCACGCGAAGAAAUAUUCAGUUAACACUUAAGCCAAUUAUUUGUCAGUUUAAUGUUUGAUAAUAUUUAUUGGUAUCGCAAUAUGUUUAAUAAUUGUUCAGGUUAUUUUGUUGAGUAAUAUAUAUUUUUAAUCUUUAAAACUUAUAAUCAUACAUAUAAUAAUCAUUCAGUACUGUAUAUUCAUGUACUUGUAUCUUUGUAAUGAUUCAUUAAGUUUAAAAAGUUACAUCUGGAUGAAAGUAGUAAAGUUAAAGUAUGAAACAUCAUUAACAUACAAACUGUAUUGCUGGGAUAUAGUGUAAAGUUAUUGUUUGUCUACUGCAUAACACACUGGCUUUUCAUGAUGCUUUUCAUAGGGUUGUUUUUUUAUGUAACACUUGCAUUUAUGCUUGAUUUUUUGGGGUUAUAGAAAAUUAACACUUCAUGGAUAUUUCAGUUGUUGGUAUAAAUUAGUUUCUAGAAAAUGGAAAUAAAAAGUUUCCUCUUGCAAAUUUAUGUAAGACACUUUUUUUUUGGCAGAACCAAUUUUGAUAUUACAAUAUUUUAUGUCUGUAACAUCCCAGAUGGAGAACAAUAAAUGUAAAAUACAAAUUGACUUUCAUAUCAGUUGAAAGUGUUUUAUGUAAGACUUUACAAUAUAUUAGAAAAUCAGUACUUUAAGCUAAACAUGGUUUAUUUACUGACAUGUAUCAGGAACCAUGUUUAAAAGGUGUGGAUACAAGCUUACUGAAGUGAUGAACAAUUAAGAAUAUUUUCAGAUCCCCCCAUUCUUCAGCAGUUGACCUUGAUCUAUAUAACUGACAAUCACCCCAAAAAAUUCUGUGGAACUCCAAGGGGAUAUUUCAGUACAC